GUACAUAGAUAGUAUAUAGAGAGACUGCUGGCGAUAAGCAAUCGGAAUGUGGCUACUACCAAUUGUUGGGAAUAUUUUGUUUUGCAUUGGUUUUGUAAAAUCCCAAUUUCAACCAGGAUGCAGUUUUUCAAAUGGACAAUGUAUUUACAACGUCAAGCUUGGACAGUCACAGUUAUGUGACGCAAUAGGUAGUUCUGACCAUUCAACAGCCUCGACACAUUCAAGCUCUGGUGGGUGUUCAUGUGACGACAUUCACAAGGUUGGAAGUGACGUGACGUCACUGCAGACGACAGUGGCUGGUCUCCAAAAUGCCGUAGAUAAACUGUACGGAGAAAUGAACAUAACAAGGUCCGAUUUAACCAACACACAGGAUUUACUUCAUGCUGAGCAGCAGCAUGCUGCACAAUUGCUGGUAACUCUAAACAGCAAGGAGAAAAUAUUGAACCAGACCAAAGACGAAUUGGCAAACGUUUUGAUGACGGCAAAGGGUGAGCUGGAUAAUCUUCGACAACAGUUGAUCAAUGCCUCCAGACAACUCUCGGUGUGUCAGGGCAAUGCUGGUCUCCCUACAACAGCACCUGCAGUUUACUCUGCGUUUUCGACUUUUUAUUGCGGAUUCGAGAACUACGAAGGGUCCAUGUGCCAUUUUCAAGCGGAAACUGGCUCUGGCUACACUUCGAGUUCCGGUUAUAUUUGGUUACGUCAGAGUGGACGACCAUCAAGUCAAACUGGACCCAACAUGGACCAUACGUACGAAACAUCAUCAGGCCACUACAUGACCAUCAAUGCUGACUACAUCGCCCAGCAUACUUCUAGCAGCAGUUCACACACGAUGCGUCUCGUGUCCCCGACCUUUGAACCUGCACCAAACUACUGCAUACGUUUCUGGUAUAAUACGCACGGUGUUGACGUACAACCACUGAAAGUUUACGCAAAGAUUAACAAUGGUCUAGGAUACCCAAUCAAACUGAUUCAGUCGGUGAACAGCGUGGAAUGGAAGUUUGGAGAGGUUGAAAUAAAUUCCGAAUACACGGCUCAUAAAUUCCAGGUAGUGUUUGAGGGUAGCACUGACGCUCACUACUCGUAUACGUACCACUCUGGUAGUAGCAGCACGAAGACGUACAAGCAUAGAUACGGCAACGUCGCCAUCGAUGAUGUAUAUGUGUAUAACACAACCUGUAAAGACAUACCAGUUUGUCCAUUGAAUUCGUACAAGAAUGUAAACAUGGACAACACGACAUCGUGCUACACGUUUCACUCCUCACCGAUGUCUUGGUAUGACGCCAUUAACGAAUGUAAGAAGCAGUCGUAUAACGGUCAUCUCGCCUCGAUAUCAGAUCAGCAGGAACAAGAUUAUUUGGUUAAUCUCAUCAUGUCCGACAUAGGAUUAAUGACGACUGGCCAGAACGGAUUUUACAUUUCCGGAAAUGACGAAAAUUCGGAAAAUCACUUUGUAUGGACAAACGGAGGCUCUCCCACUUCCAUAUCCUAUUCCAACUGGUAUCCCGGGCAACCAAACAAUGUUGGUAGCAACCAAGAUUGUAUUCUGAUGCAGUACCCUGAUGCAGGAUACCAGUGGGGAGAUGUGGCCUGCACUGAGAAACAUCCGUUCAUUUGUGAAAGCAGAUACUAGAUACAAUAAAGUUGUUUAUAGUAUACAUAAUAA